AUGAUCUCGAACACAGACAUCGCAUCGACACGCGUGCAAACCACCGCAGCUGGCUCUAUGGGUCGUACAGUCGGACCCAAUCGUCCAGCAAAACCCACUGGCAGCGACAGAAGUCCGGCAGCUCCUGACACCAGUAAUGACAUGAUGGACGUCGACGCAGCAGCUACAGCAAGAGCUCCCGGUGAGAAGGCUGGACAGCGCCGCAAGCGCGCGCCGUCAAGUGUUGCUACUGCGGCACCCGAUAAGGAAGUAGAAGGUACGGAAGCCGUCCCGAACGCUGCAGAACCAGCUAAGAAGAAGCACAAGAACAAUAAGAGUGUGAAGCUGCGGCCUAAGGCUCCUACGGCGCCUGUUGCUCGGGCGUCGCCUGCGGUUGCACCUCCUCCUCCGAGUCCAGAGCGAAGGGGCGCCCUCAAGCGCAUCAAUGUCGACGAACCGUCUUCUAAAGACGAGCCCAUCUUGAAGACUGCCAUGGAUCGGGAGCAGCUGGUCAACGAGGAUGGGGAGGAUAACGAAGGGGCUGAAGAAGAAGAGCAAGAAGAAGAGCAGGACGACGGCGAGGUUCCGGAGCCACAAGAUGAAGGGCGGCUUGAUGAUCUCGCCGCUGAGGCCGUCUCGUUUGGCGAGCUUGUGCCUGUCUCUGAGUCAGCUGCCGUGAUCCGCACCGCUGCACCAGGCGGCGAGGAGGCUGUGGUCACGAUGCCCGUCGUCUCUGCCACUAAGAUGCACAAGAAGCCCAAGCAAGUGGCACAGGGCGGAUCGGAUGCGGAAGGGUCCGAAACCGACUCCAACUCCGACUCCGACUCUGACUCUACGCCUUGGAUGGCACGCACCGACAUAUCUCGUGCACUCAAGCACGUGUCGAAGAAUACUUGGAAUGUGCGUCUCAAUAAAUGCCGGAAAGAGGUCAAGCAAGUCUUGAAGGCCAGCUUCGAGCACGGCAUGACACACAUUGCCAUGGGCGACGGCAUCUGUAUCACUGACCCCGGUGACCUGGAGGAGACUGAUGCGAUGGUGACGCCAUUGGGAUCGCAAGGUAUCGAUCAGAUCUCGCUAGGUGCUCUCAUAGGGGCAGCAGAAGACCUUGGAUAUGUUUGGGAAAACGACAUAGCUCAUCGUCUUGAGGCCGGAUCGGAACGCCACUACGUUGCGCCACUCCGGAGCUACACGGCGGCUCGCCUGCGCCUCUACUGUGGAGAGAUCAAGAAGGCUGCCUCUAGUGCAUACCCGUCGGCGGUCCACUUGUCUAACAUGCCCAAAGCGACGUUGCCCAAGUUGCUGGAAAGCAGCAAUUUCCUGUAUCCAUUCUUGCCCAACAACGAGUUCCUGUACACGCGGCCGUUCAGUGGGCCCGGGAUUCCAGACGUACUGCGGGCUCUCUUUUUUGGUGAAUCACAGCCGUUCAAGAUUGGUACUCAAAAUCUUGGCACGUUCACCUCGUCCUUGCCUACUGCACCUCAUGAGCUCGAGAUUCCGGAUGCGAUGCUAGCCCUGGCAGUUAAUGCGAUCCAUUCAGUCCUAAUCGACCAUAUCAACCCUGCGACGGCCGACGGCGAUCGCAUUAGCGAGUUUUUCUGGACGUAUCAUGCGCUCAUGCAUGAGAUUUGUAUGACAGCAUCGGGCGGGAACGCUGUGUUGAACCAGCAGCAGCCCCAUGGUGUCGCACACAAUGCCAUCCUCGCCAACGUCGAUUGGGCCAACAUCGCAGCUGCUGCCAACGCAUGA